AUGUCUUCCGGUGGAAAGUCCGGUGGCAAGGCCGCCUCCUCUUCUAAGACCUCCAAGUCUCGAUCCGCUAAGGCCGAUCUUACCUUCCCCGUUGGUCGAGUCCACCGACUCCUGCGAAAGGGAAACUACGCCCAGCGAAUUGGUGCUGGUGCCCCCAUCUACCUCGCUGCCGUCCUUGAGUACCUCGCCGUCGAGAUUCUCGAGCUGUCCGGUAACGCUGCCCGAGACAACAAGAAGAGUCGUAUCGUUCCCCGACAUCUGCAGCUCGCCAUCCGAAACGAUGAGGAGCUGAACAAGCUGCUUGGCCACGUCACCAUUGCUCAGGGUGGUGUUCUCCCCAACAUCCACCAGAACCUUCUGCCCCGAAAGUCCGCCAAGGGCGCCAAGGGUGCUUCUCAGGAGCUCUAA